AUGUUUCAGUGUCCUGACUUCUUAGAAGCUGCCAUGCGUCCGGAUGUGGAUGAAUUGGACUUUACGUGGCUUGUGGCACAGCAGGUCACAGGUCACAUUCGAGCGAGAUGUCCAUCAACUUCAUCGACCGUCGUGGUGGUUGCGAGCACAAUCGACUACAGGAAUCUGGCCCGCCACCUCGUGUCCGCCGAGGAUCACGUCAUUGAAGUUGGCAGCAGCUUGGGCCACUGCACAGAAAUUCUACACGCCAGAGCGGCUGACGUACUUGGUCUCGACGUGUCUGUUGCCCAGCUGGCCGAAAGCCGCCGCCGAGUUCCAGGGGCUGAGUUUGAAUUUCUUGACAUCUUUGAAGAGGCAGACCGCUUAGCGGCGCUUCCAGCUGCAGCUCACUGCAAGAAGGUAUUUCUAGAUAUUGGUGGUGAUCGCCAAAGGUUGCAGGUUUUGCAUGCGAUCGACAUCUUGCGACGCUGCGUGCCGAAAGCGCAGCUGAUUGUGGUGAAAUCGGAGGAGCUGCACAGUGCCAUGGCUUCCUGGACAGGGUGUGCAAGCAGUGCCAGCAGCGGUGAAGGUGUUUACCUCGAGCGGCCUUGCGAUUUUCUACAUUCCGCUGAAGGCUUCGGCCCGCCUGCGCGCCUCCCUAAGCAGCGCCGCGCAACUCGAAUCAGGUCGCUGGCGCAAAACCAGCUUAUGGCAUCGGCAGACCCCGAGAGGUGGUUCUCUCGACAGGAGAUCGAGGCUGCGCUCCCGUCCUUUUCAAACAUGCGUGGCUUUUGCUUGGCCCGAGAUGAGGAUUUGAAUGUGGAGCUGGCAACCUGCCUCUUCCUGCAUCACGAACAAAAUCCACUGUUCCUGGAUCAUGCAGCGUGUUGCAUUUACGCCGAUGACGAAGAGGUCGAAGAGUUGAUGCGGCGCUGUGGCAAGCAUGCAAUACCAGUCUUUUGGGGUCAGGGUGGAGGACCCGUGAUGCAGGAGUUCCUUGGAUCUUACGAGAUUGUUGAGAUGUUGCCACUGAGCCACAGCCUCUACGAGGCUCCUGCUUUGUGUGAGCAUCUUCAACGGCUCCGUCGCCGCUCUCGCAGGCCAAUGACUGGUCCACAGCUCCUGCAGAUGAAGUAUGUCGAGGCAGCACUCGAGUCGGAAUAUCCAGAGCAUCCCUGCAAGUGCAGUGAUCCAUCUGCAUGGCUUCAGGAGAUCUUGAGGAACGCCAUAGAGCUGCUCGUAGCGAGCGGCUCGCUUAGCGCUUAG